AAAAUAGAAAUUUCACGAGCGAGAAAGGAGAAAAAGACCAAAAAGUACCUUGUAAAAAUAGCAGAAUGAAACUAGAUUUUGUUGUGGAACUAGAUCUAUAUCCAAAAAAAAAAAAGUAAACGCCUCAUUGUGUUCCACUUUUCCAUCGUGUCGUGAAGAGUUGAAAAAAAACAUUCAAGGAAUAAACAAAAGAUUGAGGUAGUCGUGCAAGUUACAGAGAUCGAGAAAAGGGCCCACUCACCUUAAGAAUGGUUUAUUUAUAAGUCUCAUGAACAUGAACACAUACAUGGCUAUGGGCUAUGGCUUCUUAUGAUGUUUUCAUCAGCUUUAGAGGCGAUGACACUCGCUCUGGAUUCACUAGCCAUCUUUAUGAAGCUUUGUGCAGAAGCUAUUGCCUGACUUAUAUAGAUUACAGAAUAGAAAAAGGAAACAACGUUUGGGAAGAACUUGUGAAAGCAAUCAAAAAGUCCACUUUGUUUCUUGUCGUCUUCUCAGAUGACUAUGCAUCUUCAGCAUGGUGUUUGAACGAACUCGUUGAAAUUAUGGAGUGCCAUAAAAAUGAACCAGACAAUGUUGUUGUUAUUCCCGUGUUCUACAAAGUUGAACCUUCACAAGUUCGGAAACAGACUGGGAGUUACGCCACUGCGUUUGCGAAACACAUGAAGAAAGACAAAGACAAGAUUCAAAAGUGGAAGGAUGUUCUUUCUCAAGCUGCCGAUUUGUCUGGUUUUCCCUCUACCGCGUACAGAUCUGAAUCUGUCAUGAUUGAAGAAAUUGCCCGAGUCGUCUUAGGAAAGCUAAAUCACAAGCAUAAAAAUGAGAUUACAAAUAAUUUCAUACUCGAUGAAAAUUAUCGGAGCAUUGAAUCUUUAGUAAAAAUUGAUUCAGCAGAAGUUCAAGUCAUUGGACUUUGGGGAAUGGGGGGUAUAGGCAAGACAACCCUUGCUGCUGCGAUAUUUCAGAAAUUCUCUAUUCAAUAUGAAGGCAGUUGUUUCUUCGAAAACGUGACAGACGAAUCAAAAAGGCAUGGAAUCAAUUACGUAUGCAACAAACUUCUUUCCAAGUUACUAAGGGAAGAUCUUGAUAUUGACACUCUCAAAGUAAUACCAUCCAUGGUCAUGACAAGACUCAAACGCAUGAAAGCUUUCAUUGUACUAGAUGAUGUUCACACCUCGGAACUUCUACAAAACUUGAUUGGAGUUCGGCAUUGUUGGCUAGGAGCUGGUAGCACAGUCAUUGUGACGACUAGGGAUAACCAUGUGCUCAAAAAGGGAGGGAUUCACAAAAUUCAUCAAGUUAAGGAAAUGAACUCCAAAAACUCCCUCCAGCUUUUCAGCUUGAACGCCUUUGACAAAGUCUUGCCUAAGGAGGGAUACAUGGAUCUCUCAAAAAGAGCAAUUGAUUACGCCAAAGGCAACCCUUUAGCUCUAAAAGUUUUGGGAUCAUUUCUUUGUAGCAAGAAUCAACUAGAAUGGAACUGUGCACUAGCUAAACUGAAGGAAAUUCCCAAUGCAGAAAUUGAUAGGAUAUUGAGAUGGAGUUAUAAUGAGUUGGAUGAAAAAGAAAAAAAUAUAUUUCUGGACAUUGCAUGCUUUUUAAGAGGACAUGAAAGGAAUAGGAUAACAAAAAUAUUAAAUGAGUGUGGUUUCUUUGCAGAUAUAGGGAUAAGACAUCUCUUAGAUAAGGCUCUUAUAAGAGUUGACUCUAAAAAUUGCAUACAAAUGCAUGACUUGAUACAAGAAAUGGGCAAACAAAUUGUUCGUGAAGAAUCUCUUAAGACUCCCGGACAUCGUAGUAGAUUGUGUGAUCUAAAAGAAGUAUGUGAUGUAUUGAAAUAUGAUAGAGGAACUGAGACGGUUGAAGCCAUAAUUUUAGAUGCUACUGAAGAUACUCAUAUAAAUUUAAGCCCCAAGGCAUUUGCAAAGAUGCUAAACCUAAGGUUACUUGCUUUUCGAGAUCAUAAGGCAGUUAGACCUGUAAACCUUCCACAAGGUCUUGACCUGUUGCCAGAAAACUUGAGAUAUUUUCUAUGGGAUGGCUAUCCAUGUAAAUCUCUGCCUCCAACCUUUUGUCCUGAGAUGCUUGUGGAGCUUUUCUUACGAUACAGCCAGGUGGAAAAACUUUGGGAUGGAGUAUUGACUUUGCCAAAUUUAGAGAUACUUGAUGUCAAAUACUCCCAGAAGCUGAUAGAGUGUCCAAAUGUGUCUGGUUCACCGAAUCUAAAAGAAGUAGAUUUUAGUGGUUGUGUAAGCUUGCUUGAAGUUGAUUCAUCAAUUUUCCUUCUCCAAAAGCUUGAAAACUUAUCGUUGAGGAAAUGCACGUCGCUUAAGAUUCUUUCGAGCAACACUUGUUCACCAGCCCUCCUUAACUUUGAUGCCACAAAUUGCAUCAAUCUGCAAGAAUUCUCUGUCUCAUUUGCUUCCGUUGAUCGUCUGUGUCUGUCUUUACCAAAGUUUGGCACAAAUGAACUUCCAUCAUCAAUAUUGCAUUUCAAAAAUCUUUGGUUCUUUGAUUGUCCUAUCAGUGAGAGUCUUGUGAAUCUUCCUGAAAACUUUGCCAUGUGUAUUUGGCUUGUGAGUGAGAGUCUGCUGAAAGUUGAACGUGACACUUCCAUCACUUUAAGUAAAAUACUUCCUAGCCCUGCCUUCCUAACUGUAAAAAUGUUAAUCAUUGACCAUGUUUCUAUCUUGUCUGAAAUCCCUGACAAUAUCUCAUUACUAUCAUCAUUAGAAUUUUUGUCACUAAAUGGUAUUGCCAUUAGAAGCUUGCCUGAAAGCAUUAAGUAUCUUCCCCAGCUCGAAAGUCUUGAUGUUUACAAUUGUAAUAAGCUUCAAUCUAUACCUGCACUUUCACAGUUCAUUCCAUAUUUCACUGUCUGCAAAUGUGAAUCUCUUGAGAAAGUGUUGAGUUCAACCAAUGAACCAUCUGACAAACCCAAGUGUGGUUUUAUUCUCCUUAACUGCAUAAAAUUGGAUCCACGUUCAUAUCAAACAGUUCUAAAAGAUGCUAUUGCUGGGAUUGAACUUGGAGCAAGACUAAAUUCAGAAAAUGAAGAUCCAUUUUUAGAGCAGGAUGAUGAUAUUAUCGAGUACUUCUUACCUGCUAUGUCUGGCAUGGAAAAUUGGUCCCGUUACCGUUCUACACAAGUUUCUGUCACUCUUGAGUUUCCUUCUAAUUUGUUGGGUUUUGCCUACUACUUGGUUCUUUCUCAAGGCCAUAUUGGAUAUGAUGUAGGUUUUGGAUGCGAAUGCUACUUGGACAACAGUUCAUGUGAAAGGAUCCAUAUAACAAGUUUGACAAAAGGCAACUUCUCGAAUAUGUUAAAUUCUUAUGACGGUCCUUCAAUCUAUUUGAUGAUGAAUCAUUUGGUUUUAUGGUAUGAUCCAGCAAGUUGUGAGAAGAUAAUGGAAGCAGUUGAAGAAAUAAAAGCCAUUAGCGAUGUGAACAACACCAGUUACAAUCCAAAGCUUACAUUUAGAUUCUUCAUUGAUGAAAGCCUAUAUAGUGAAGUAAUGAUAGUCGAGUGUGGUUUUCACUGGAUAUAUCCCUUUGAAGGAAGUGCAGUGCCAAAAAGAAAUGAUGGUUUUGAUUCCGAUGAUAAAGAAGAAGCAGUUCUUCUAACAAACAAGUUAGAGCAAUGUGUCGUUGGAACUCAGUCCAAUUUAGAAGUUAUAAUAGUUGACAGUGGUUUUCACUGGAUGCAUCCCUUUAAUUUUGAAUCUGAUGAUGAUGAAGAAGAUAUAGUUCCUCUUGAAUAUGAAGAUUUUGAAUUUGAUGAUGAAGAAGAUAUAGUUCCUCUUGAAUAUGAAGAUUUUGACUUUGGUGAUGAAGAAGAUACAGUUCAUCUUGAAUAUGAAGAUUUUGAAUUUGAUGAUGAAGAAGAUACCGUUCAUCUUGAAUAUGAAGAUUUUGAAUUUGAUGAUAGUGAAGACAUAAGCUAUUCACUCGAACGACUCUUGCAUAUUGGAUUUGAUGGAGACAUGCUGGAAAAGAGAGAAGAAAAUUGCAACUGACUUAACUGCUGUAAUACAUGUUAAAUUGACGGUUGAAUUAAAGAACAUGAGGUGUUGGUACACAUUGUUGUAGUCUUGUAUAACUUGUACUCCGAACAUCUAGUAGGAUAAUGAUAAUCUUGUUUCCAAUAAAUAUUUUCCUAAAAAAUUCAAAUAUUAAACUA